AUUAGGAAAACAAUAGACCCCCAUCGUUUCAUCUACACCCCGUCGCAGAUGAUCCUCGCCCCCAUCCCACACAUUCCUUCUCCGCUUACAAUCUUUGGCGCGAAAUCCGACGUGGCACAUGUACACAUCAGCUUACACGUAGGACUCGCGCCAAAACUCCUCUGCCCCAAAACCCUCAUUCUCCGUGUAUAUAUAUAGCUAGCAUAAAGUGGUCUCUCACUGCCUCUCUCUCUCCUCGUCUCUCUCUCUCUCUCCCUCUCCCUCCCUUGCUCUCUCGAUAUACAUACUUAUUCGAUUUAAUAAUUUAAUGGAUUCAGCUGAAGAAAUGAGAUCGACAUUUGAAUCGUUUAAAUCGAAGAAGAUCUUAAACUCGGUUUCCAAAACGCCGUCGUUGCCGGAAGCCGUUAAAGCUCCGAUUGAGAGUCCGUGGAGCUCCAAAACGCCGGAAAAGUCGGUGAACCCGACCCGCCGGCUCCGGAAUCGAGGCGCCGCUCUGUCGCUGAAAGAAGUCCGACAGUGUGCUAAAAAGCUCCAGAACCGAGAUCCGAAAACCCGACCCGACCCGGUUACAGCUUCAGAUGAACAGAUCUCUUCGGAGCCUGUUCAAUCUCCUGUUGCGAAGCCAAAAAGAUCUGUAAAGCUACCAGAACAGUAUGAGAUAUUGGAUAAGUUAUUUAGUAGUCUGGAUAGUUCGAUUCGAUUACUCCGAAUCAAGGGUACUGUGUCGACAUUUGCCAACAUUAGCCCCAAAAUGGAAUGCCUAACCGAUAGGCGAUUUUCUCAUGGUCAAUUAGCUCAGCUGAAGUUUAUAUUCCCUGAAGCUAUUGAGAUUGAGAAGAUUCUUAUGAGGGAUGAGCGUACCUGUUGUAUGAAGCCUGAUCUUCACGUGACUUUGAAUUUUGAUGCGAUUGAGAGUGAUGGGAAGUCAAAGUCAAGCAGUUCAAAUAGUGGUAGUUUGCUAUUGAGGAAAGCUUUUCGUGCCCGACUUUUCAAGUUUUUGGAAGCUCAUCCAGAGGGGGAUGAGGUUCCAGAGGCGACACUGCCAGAGCCAUUUAACAAGCCACCACAGGGCUCGCUGAAGAUGGACACAAUAGAUGCAUCUAAUGUUUCUGCAACUAAACAGAAAUCUGUACUCUUCAGUCAGCAGCCUGUGCCACCUUCCCAUUUACCCCCAUCUUUCAGGAGGGGAUUCUCAAAACGAACUUUAAGCACUGAAGCAGUGAAUACAAGCCAAGUGCAACCUAUUGCUGUUUGCCCAGCUAAAUUUCUUCCAGUUUCAAAACAAUUUGAUCUUUCUUCUGAGAAGGAAACAUCAGCAUCUAUUCAAUGUAUUGAUUUUCCUGUAAGAUCAGCCCUUUCCCCAAAAGAAUUAACAUCUGGGGGUUCCCGAGCUUGUCCACUAUCUUCUCGCCCACCAGCUACUCCAAUUAAACAAUUUUCUUCAACAAAGAAUGAGGUUUCCUCUACAGUAUCUGAUAGCAUCCAAGUUACUCCUGUGAAAUCCUUUUCAAAAUCAUCAAAAUUGCUUUCAACCCCAGCAAAACUCACAAGUGGCGAAGAAACUCCAGAAAAACUCAUGAGUGCCACACCCGUGCUGCAGCCACCCAAGAGGUGUUAUAUGAGCCCAGAUGCUGAUACAAUGAGUUCGCCAAACAAAUUAGUCAGGCGGCCACAACGUAGUAGGUCCCUGAAAUUUGACACCCCUAAAAAAAAGGAACGUAUUGAUGAAGUUUUUGACACCCCUAUGAAGAAGAGACGUGUUGAGGAAACCACAACCACUGGGGGCGGAAAGUUAUCACUUGACGAUGAUAUUUUUGACAUACUUCCUCAGAAUCUUCUUCUGUCGAUUAGAGAAAAAGAAAAGAAAGUCCUGGAGGAUCAGGACCCAGCAAUCUCGCAAGCAAAGCGGCGGCAACAGAUGAUUGCUAGCUUGCCUAAGCUCUUCGACAUGGUUCAUUACUUUUUUCAGUCAAUUAAGCGUUCAGCCAUUACAAAAGAUGAGCUUUUGCACAAAAUUGUUGCAAGCCAUUUGGACAUUGUUGACAAAAGAGAGGUUGAAGAGCAGCUGAGAUUGUUACAAGAACUAGCUCCUGAAUGGAUCUAUGAGAAGUCUGCGACUACAGGGGAUCUUCUUUUAUGCAUUAACAAGAUAUCAAGUCCUGAAUCAGUACGAGCAAGAUUAGCUGAAGCAAGAUAAAGAAUGCUGCUUGAUGGACCGCCAGCUACAUUUUGCCCCUGUACAUGUCUUUUGGCAUUGCUUUUUAAUUUUUUUUCCCCAUUCUUGUCGCUAACAUCACCAGUUAUGUAGUUUGGUUUGUAAUUUAAAUGAUGAAAUCAAGCUAGAAUUACUGAUCCGUAGUUGCUAGUAAAUAGCCAACAUUCAGUUCUCAGUAACUUAAUGAACUUAUGUGGUUAUUUACAACUUCAGUGUGGCACUUGACUUUAUUGUUUUAUUUUUUGUGAA